GAAAACUAUUUUAUUAAUUUUUUUUUUUAAGUUGCACUUGUGAAAAAAGAGAGGAGAUUUUGAAACUCCUGAAUUAUAUCAUGGAGGAUAUUAAAACUAUGGAGUGUCCAAUGGCCUUACGUUUACAUAAGAGGAAAACGUUUUUCAGUACGCCUGAUGUUUCUCCGGUGGGGAAAAAGUCCAACAGAAAUGGACCGCCGAACGCACCACGACGUCCGCCCCGUCUUGUGAUGGAGAUCAUAAGCGUAGAAGAUUCGGAUAGUUUGGUGCAACUACUGAACGAUAGCACCUUUGAGGAGGAACAAAACGGGUCAAUGACGGUAGAAGUUAUGGAAAAAAAUGAGGAGAAAAAUGAAUUUGGAAAAAGGCUUCAUGAAAGAAUGGUUGUAAAAUGA